AUGAUUCGUGUGGCUAGAGUUGCUGCAUCAUCGCCAAGUUCAAAGCGUAUCAAGACGUCAGCUGCACUCAGUCAUUCCAAUCGCUCAUCAGCUCAACACCAGGCGGCUUUGCUUGCCACGUCUGCAUCUACACUAGCACCACAAUCAACCUUUCCUAUUUCUGCCCACACUCCCCAGCCUCUUCAGCCUGCCAAUCCACGAAAAAGACGUUCGCCUCCAUCAACAACCUCUGUGCCAUCAAUGCCGGGACAUCUUUCUGGAGUUAUGGCACCAGUCAUGUCGCAGGCUGCAGAUACAAUCGAGACAACUCCCAAGAAAAAGGGCAGGACCAACACUCCCUGGACUGCCGAAGAAGAACAGAGACUGAAAGCUAUGCGUGAUACUGGUAAAAGCUGGAGUGAAAUCGCAAAGACCUUUCCAGCUCGUACAGAAGGAAGCGUCAAAAAACAUUGGUACAAAGACAUGCAUUACGCUGAAUUUGGUGAAGAUGAAAGCAUUGCUUUGCGCGAUGCCAUCAAGGAGUACGAGGCCAACAAAUGGAAGGCAUGCGAGCAAUACGCCAAGGAACACUUCAAGGCUAUUUGA